UUUGGAGAGAGUUUUCCGCCCCGCCGGCUCUUCUGCUUCCUCGCCUCGUCCGGGCGCUUCGAUGAGAAGCCGCUCCGAUCGAUGCUGUUGCGGCGGCUGCUCCAGUUCUCCGCGCCGGCAGCUGGGAGAUAAUGGCCAGGAGUUGAAGAAGGACUAAGAAGCGGGAGGCGGGGAGAGAAAGGAAGGAAAGGGAGAAAAGGGAAGAGGAGGAGGAGGGGGAGAGUGGAGACCAGCGGCCCCAGACCUCGCGCGACCUCUGCGGCGGCAGGGACUAGCCAGAAGCUUCCCCGGGCCCCGUCCACCUCACCCCAUCUGCGUCCCUCCUGCUUCCCCCCCCCCACCUCUACGUGGGCUUCGCCCCGUCCAAACUUUCCCUCUUGUUCCCUUUCGCCAAUAUAGCGGCGGCGGCGCAAAGCGAUCCUUUGCAAUCCUUGCAAGGAUAAAAAGCCCAGAUUUUAUUUCUCAUUAGCAGGAGGCGCGUCAGUCGCCAAGCCCGACAGAUAGAUAGGACAGACCCACGCAGGAUAUUCAAGGCACUCGGGCGCGCGCACCCUUCUUCCAGCAAGGGCGACGAAGCGCCGGAGCGCAGUUUUCCCCUGGGUCGGCGCGGGGUGGGUGGGCGGCCAUGGCCUCUAGCUUGGCGCCGGCUGCCGGGAUCCCGCGGUGAGACUCGCUUAUGGUCGCUUGUGACGAGCGGCCAGCCCUGCCUUCGCCUCUUUGGGCCACGGUCCCCACGCGCUUUCCCCGGGGCCAGGUCCCUUCUGCCCGGCGGAGGGAAUCGGGGCAGGGUCUAAGAGGGGCGAAGCUGUGAAGCCCCGGUGCAGGAGAGAAGGGAGAAGGAGGAGGAGGAGAAGAAGAAGAAGAAGAAGCGACGCCGGCGGACUGACUUGGAUGAGUUUCUCCAUGAGAGAACCCGUGAUUCCUGGGACCAGUAUGGCUUACCACCCCUUCCUACCUCACCGGGCGCCGGACUUCCCCAUGAGCGCCGUUUUGGGACACCAGCCUCACUUCUUCCCGGCUCUGGCCUUGCCACCCAACGGAGCGGCCGCUCUUUCCCUGCCCGGAGCUUUGACCAAACCGAUUAUGGAUCAACUGAUCGGGGCGGCGGAUUCCGGCCUCCCUUUUUCCACUUUGGGACACCAAGCCGCGGCUCACUUGCGGCCUUUGAAAACGCUGGAGCCGGAGGAAGAGGUGGAGGACGACCCCAAAGUCCACCUGGAAGCCAAGGAGCUGUGGGAGCAGUUUCACAAACGGGGCACCGAGAUGGUAAUCACCAAAUCGGGAAGGAGAAUGUUCCCACCUUUUAAAGUGAGGUGUACGGGUUUGGAUAAAAAGGCGAAAUACAUUUUAUUGAUGGACAUUGUAGCUGCAGAUGACUGUCGAUAUAAAUUCCAUAAUUCGCGGUGGAUGGUGGCUGGGAAAGCCGAUCCCGAAAUGCCGAAAAGAAUGUAUAUCCAUCCGGAUAGCCCAGCCACGGGUGAACAGUGGAUGUCAAAAGUGGUCACCUUCCACAAGCUGAAACUGACCAAUAACAUCUCGGACAAACACGGAUUUGUAAGUGCUUUCGGAUUUACCAUCUUAAACUCUAUGCACAAAUACCAGCCUCGGUUUCACAUCGUCCGAGCCAACGAUAUCCUGAAGCUACCUUACAGUACAUUCCGCACUUACGUUUUUCCGGAAACGGAGUUCAUUGCUGUCACAGCCUAUCAGAAUGAUAAGAUCACCCAGUUAAAAAUCGACAACAACCCUUUUGCCAAAGGCUUCCGGGACACGGGGAAUGGAAGGCGAGAAAAGAGGAAACAGCUGACUCUUCAGUCUAUGAGAGUUUACGAGGAAAGGCAGAAGAAAGAGACUUCGGAUGAGUCCUCCAGCGAGCAAACAGCGUUUAAAUGCUUUGCUCAGUCCACAUCUCCAGCUGUGUCCACCGUGGGUACCUCUAACCUUAAAGAUCUGUGUCCCAGCGAUGUCGAAAGCGACUCGGAGAGCAAAGAGGACCCCAUGGAAGCCAACGAGGUUGGGAAGAUCUCUACCACCACGGCCAACAUCCUCGCCCUCAGCAGCAGCUCCUCCUUGGCGGGAGGAGGAGACGGGACAGACCUCCGAGAAGGGGGAAAGAACAGCCCUCCCAAACCUCCCAUUUUCCCACCAGACUCGGCCAGCAGCAGCAGGGGGGAGUGCGUCUCGAAAAUGCCUCCCGAUUCCCAGCACAGCCCAGCCGCCAUCUCUUCCAGCACCCGGAAUUUGGGCGGCGGAGAAGAACUCAAGAACCAGGAUGAAUGCAGGAUGCUCAACAAAGAACCCUUCGCGCCCUUAACCGUCCAGACGGACAAUCCUGGCCACCUGGCCCAGAGCCACCUCUCCAACCUAACUUUUCCCCAUGGCCUGGCCAGCCAACAAUUCUUCAACCCCCUGAGCAACGGGCACCCUUUUCUGCUCCAUCCUAGCCAGUUCGCCAUGGGGGGAGCGUUCUCGGGCAUGGCCGCCGGCAUGGGGCCUCUGCUGGCCACCGUCUCCGGGGCGUCCGCGGGAGUGGCCGGCCUAGACAACACGGCGAUGGCCACAGCAGCUGCCCAAGGAUUAGGUGGGGUUUCCGCUGCAGCUGCUGCAGCUGCCUUACCGUUUCAUUUUCAACAGCAUGUCCUGGCUUCACAGAGCCUGGCGAUGUCCCCCUUCGGCAGCCUCUUCCCCUAUCCUUACACUUACAUGGCGGCGGCGGCGGCGGCCUCGACGGCCUCCCCGAUGCACCGGCACCCGCCAUUCCUGAACGCCGUGCGCCCUCGCCUGCGCUACAGCCCUUACUCUCUCUCGGUGCCUCUGCCGGACAGUAGCAGCGGCAGCUUGCUCACCACCGCCCUGCCGCCUUCCCUGGUCGGCGGUGGCACGGAAGGAGGCAAAGGCGGAGCUUUAGCGGGCAGCCCCGGCUUGGGCACGUUGGAUUCCUCUGGUUCGGAGCUCAACAGCCGCUCUUCCACCCUCUCUUCCUCCGGCUCGGACAAAGAAGCCACCAGCGAGCUCCAGAACAUCCAGCGUUUAGUGAGUGGACUCGAGUCGAAGCAGGACAGAGCCAGGAGCGGGUCGCCCUAG